CAAAAAAUUUAUGAAGUCCUUUAUUGGCAAUAAGUAACUACCAAACAAAUCCAAUUUGGCAAUUUACUGUAAACAGAGAAUCUUCCAAAACAAAACCAGGACGGACCUGUGAAUCCAGUGAUGAGUAUAUAUUAGGUUUUGCCUCUCUGUUGAAAUCUCGAAGUUUCCAUCUGUGAAAGACAAAGAACAAUCUUUUUGAAAAUUUAGUCUCCUCCGCCUCUAAAAGAUGGAAGCUCAGAAUCCCCAGUGUCAUGGGCAUGUAGGAGAGAUAUGUGCAGAUUUUUCAGAUGAAGAAAAGGGCUAUGGGGAGGGUAAGAUGUGCGGGGGAGCAACAUGCGGAUUCUCAGAUGUUAAUAACACUUCAAAGGAUGCAAAAGAACGUUCAACAUCCAUGAGGAAACUUUGGGUAUCAGUUGUGCUUUGCAUGGUUUUCAUGAGCCUAGAAGUUGCGGGAGGUAUUAAAGCCAACAGUCUCGCAAUUCUGACGGAUGCAGCUCACUUGUUGUCAGAUGUUGCUGCUUUUGCAAUCUCCUUGUUCUCAUUGUGGGCAGCCGGAUGGGAAGCUACUCCUAAGCAGUCUUAUGGCUUUUUCAGGAUCGAAAUACUUGGGGCUUUGAUUUCCAUUCAAAUGAUAUGGCUUCUUACUGGGAUUCUUGUUUAUGAAGCCAUUGCCAGAAUCAUCCACGAUACAGGUGAAGUUCAGGGCUUCUUUAUGUUUCUCAUUUCAGCCUUUGGUUUAGUAGUUAACCUUGUAAUGGCUCUCUUGUUGGGUCAUGAACACGGUCAUGGCCAUGGGAUUGGUCAUGAACAUGGACACCAUGGACAUGGUGAGCAUAAUCAUGGGCAAUGUGUUCAUGAUCAUAGCUGUGAGGAUGCUGACGAUACCCAUAGCCACGAAGUCAGCAUCAAAGCAUAUCAACAUGACAAUGGCCAUUCCAAACAACAUAAUGAUCAUCACAAUCAUGCUCAUGAAGGAGAUCAUAGUGAGCCUUUGCUGAACAGUGGUGUUAAACAAAAGAAGCAACGGAACAUAAACAUGCAGGGAGCUUAUCUUCAUGUUCUUGGGGAUUCCAUCCAAAGUAUUGGGGUGAUGAUUGGUGGGGCUAUUAUCUGGUAUAAACCCGAGUGGAAGAUCAUUGAUCUCAUAUGCACGCUUAUUUUCUCUGUGAUUGUGCUGUACACAACGGUUAAGAUGCUGCGGAACAUUUUGGAGGUUCUGAUGGAGAGCACUCCUAGGGAGAUCGAUGCAACAAAACUUGAGCAAGGUUUGUGUGAGAUGGAUGAGGUAGUGGCCAUCCAUGAAUUGCAUAUAUGGGCUAUCACUGUCGGGAAAGUCUUGUUAGCUUGCCAUGUGAAAAUCAAGUUCGAGGCUAAUGCUGACAUGGUGUUAGACAAGGUAAUUGGCUAUAUUAGGAGGGAGUAUAAUAUCAGUCAUGUAACAAUUCAAGUGGAGAGAGACUAGACGUCGAGCCGGAUUUGGCUAUGUAUUUGGGUACAAAACCUCUCAUUUAUUAUCUUAAAUUAUAGAAUCUUAUUGGACCUUGCUGGGUUAUCUCGGCAUGUCGUAUUUCAAA